CAGUGCUCCAUCAGCAUGCAAGGAUAUACAAUGUCGAGGAUGCGUGAAUACAAGAUUGUGGUGUUGGGGUCAGGAGGUGUUGGAAAAUCUGCACUUACAGUUCAGUUUGUGCAGGGCAUCUUUGUCGAGAAAUAUGAUCCCACGAUAGAGGAUUCAUAUCGUAAGCAAGUGGAAGUGGAUGGCCAGCAGUGUAUGCUUGAAAUCCUUGAUACUGCUGGAACUGAACAAUUUACAGCAAUGCGUGAUCUCUAUAUGAAGAAUGGACAGGGCUUUGUUUUGGUGUACAGUAUCACCGCACAAAGUACCUUCAAUGAUUUACAAGAUCUCCGUGAACAGAUUCUCAGAGUCAAGGACACGGAUGACGUCCCAAUGAUCCUAGUGGGUAACAAGUGUGACUUGGAGGAUGAGCGUGUUGUUGGGAAAGACCAGGGCCUCAACCUGGCCAAGUCAUUCUCUUGCGCCUUCCUAGAAUCAUCUGCAAAAGCUAAGAUCAAUGUCAAUGAGAUCUUCUAUGACUUAGUUCGGCAGAUUAACCGUAAAUCCCCUGAGAGAAAGUCAAAUGGAAGGAGUAAUAAAAAGAAGUGUUGCCUUUUAUAAGGUUGGAUAUUUACUCAUUAUAAGACUAGGUAAAGAAUGGCUGGAUGUUAUGCCUUCAUCCUCUCAGGUGUAACUUGCGAUUUUGUGUUCUGUUGCCAAGACAUGCUGUAAAGUAAUCAUUCCUAGGAAUAUUAUUGAAGAGCUAAUGUGUACAAGUGUUUAGAAGUGAAAAGCAAAGUGAUUAAAGCAUAAUUUCUUAUCUCUACUUUAAAUACAAGUCUGGAAGUGUGAUCAGUGUGAGAAGGCAAAAAUCUUGCAUAUCUUGGUAAUAGAAACAAAAUUCACAGUAAAGAAAAAAAAAAGGCUGGUGCCCCACGCAAACUUGUUACUAUAUUACACACCAUGGAAUGAACGUGUGACCAGGUGGUGUAAUGAAGUAAACAAUUCACAUUA